GAAAAAAGACUCCAUUUAGAAAUUAGAAAUUACAAUACGAUACAUCUAAUAGAAUCAUCGUUAAUAUCAAAGAAAUAGGUCGAGUAUCACGAGUUUAAAAGAGAAACAAGGCCGGAAAAGACUUUCUCAGAACGAUUACGAACGAUGGAUAAAAUCAUAUAUACAUAGGUAUAUCAUUAGAGAGUUCGAAAGUUGAUUACUAUACACGCGUUGCUGUACUCGUCAGUCAACGAACAUGACUCUACGCGAGUGGUACGCGAAUCGUGAAAUACUGUUAACCGGUGUGACCAGUGAAUUAGGCCGAAAUCUUCUCGAGAAAAUAUUACGUACAUUUCCGGACGUCAAAGUUAAUCUUAUUGUGCGAAAGAGAAAUAAUCUUACAAAGGAUGAUCGAGUUAAGAAGAUCUUCGAAUCACCUGGAUAUGAGAGACUACGAGAGGAGGAUCCAGAUGCUAUUUCAAGGGUAACAGUUUACGAAGGUAAUUUGAUUUACGACGAUCUUGGAAUAACCAAUGAGGAAAGGGAAAGAAUGAAGAAGAAUGUUAGCAUAGUAUUUCAUGCUAGUGGCCCGCACGACGCGAUAUUUCAAUUUUCGGAAGAAUUGCCAAAAUUAAAGACACUAGCGGCUACAUCGACGGUAUUUAAGUACAAAGGAAAGAUCAACGAGUGUUUACAAAAUGAAUAUAUACCGAACGUACCGCUCGCAUUGAUACGCGUAGCCCUUCUUGGGCCACCCCUUCAAGAACCAAUGCAAGGUCACGUCGAAGUACUCAAAGGAACAACCGCACUUAUGAUCGGUGCUGGAUACGUCUUAGGUAAUGCUCAAAAAUCUGCUGAAUUGACGCCCAUCGAUAUUGCCACCAACACACUGAUUGCAGCUGCUUGGGAGAGAGCUCAACGACCAAAAGACAUCGGUGCUGUUGUGUAUAACACUGCGACGAUUGGUUGCACAUGGGGUGACCUUAUUGCAAAAGGUCAACAGGCUGCCAAAAAGUUUCCAUACCCGACAUUUGGUAUUCGUGGAAUAACAACUAUCGCUUGGUUACAUUGGGCAGUAGUAGUUUUUCUUGAAUGGUUACCAUCGAUUUUGUGCGACACGAUUGUCGGACUAUGUGCCGGAAAGCAAAGGAUUGUGAAGGAACAUGAAAGAGUACGUAAAGCCUUGAAAUCCGUCGAAUCGAUUGCAUGGAGGUCCUGGUCAGCUGAGAGAAAUCGCAUAUACGUAUUACACCAACGUCUAAGCCAAAAUGACCAACAAACGUUUCCACUUAUCGUCGAUGCCGACAUUGAGAAUUACAUACUUUCAACAGCGGCCUCAACGAGAAAACAUUGCGUCGACGAAAGCACUCUUUCUCUCUUACGAAAUAUACGACUUUUCUUUAUUGUCGUUAUCCUUACACUUUUAUUCUCUUAUAUAUUUAUUUACGUGAAAUUUUUAUUAAUCAAUUAGACAUAUUUUCUAUUUACUUUUCAUCCUUUCUUUUAUAUUUAUAUUUCUUUUUUUCUUUCUUUUCAUUGAACAAAAAUUUCCCCUUCCCUUAAAACUAUCACAUCUCCUCUAAUCUUAUUACAUUAUCAUUCUCGUAAUAUUACGAUAUAUCCAUCGUAAAGUUUGUAAAUUAAAUUUCAAUUGUUACAGAAUCAUUCAAUAUGAUCAUUAUUAAACGUUUAUAUAAUGACACGACGAAGAAACAGAGUGAUAUUUUCUCUCAUUUAAUGAUCGUUAUGAUGAAAAUUAUAUUUAUUUAAAUUAACAAAACGUAACGUUAAGGUAACGAUAUUCCUUGACGAUUAAUAUCUAUCCGUUUGUUCUUAACAACGGAAUGCGAGAGAUUAGCUACAAGAGAGAAAAAAAUUAAAUGAAAGACUUCGAAAGGAUUCGUAAUCGGCCAUUUAUUUUCAUUGGCGUCGUCGUCACGCAGUUCCAUUUCCUUUUAACAAAUCCAACUUGGUUUCUCAUUGUUUGAAAUUUUUCUACCCUAUGUGUUUCUUCUUUGGCGAAAUGCCACAUACUCUUUAUCUCUCUCUCUCUCUCUCUCUCUCUC